UUCAAUUAAUCAAAAUAUUUUCCAAACAAAAACACGAAGCAGAUGCUGCUAGUUUAGAAUUCAAAAUCCCCUGUUUCAAAUAGGACAAAUUCUAAAUGCAGUCCUCCUCAGGAAAGAGUACAUAAUUACUAUGCUGAGUACUCAAUUUUGUUAAGGGAAGGCAAGAAAUUGUACCUAAAUCAACCUGAAGAAGCCGUUAAUCUCCCCAUUCUUGUUGCAUAUCGUCGGCUUCCUAGUACAUUCACCAGAAAAAUACUUGCCAUUCCAAUUCGGUAGCGAAGCUGGGUAGAAACCUGCACAUCCCACUUUUGUUUAAUUUCAACACAAGAACCCGAUUGGGCCCCUUGGAUUUGGGUAGAAACCAGAUUUAAGUUCUCCAACAACUUUCAUCUCCAUGACAGCGUCUUGAACAACACCCACUUCUUAUUAGUCUUACCCACAACUUAAUUUCCUCAAACCUCUCUUUAAAACCCUUUUUGGUGAACAGGCAGUAAAGGAAUGGUGAAGGAAUUUCUUUCCCUUCUGGUAAUUGGAUCUUGGGUCAGAGGGAAAAAGGAGAGGGCAAGUUGGAAAGAUAGGGACAACUCUUUCACGCGCAAGACAAGAGGGAUAAAUGAAUAUAAGUUGGGUUUUGGGCAAAUUUACAACAACAUUAGCUCAGCUUUGGGAGAGGUCUGAGAAGACACAUAUACAAGUUAAAGAUGGCAAGAGAUUUGAUCGUUUUGAUGGAUAGCGGCAACGGUGGUGGCCUUUUCUUGCUUUGCAUGAUAGUUGCGUCGCUCUCUCUCAUAUCUAUGGUUAUCUUUGCUUGUGGUGACUCUGGUGAUCGCGAAUCUCACAAGAGAUCCCAUGGCGGUCAUGGCGAUGAUGGUGAUGGCGGUGGUGGUGACGGCGGUGGUCAUCACGGCCAUCACGGCGGUGGUCAUCACGGCGGUGGUCAUCACGGGGGUGGUCAUCACGGGGGUGGCCAUCACGGCGGUGGCCAUCACGGCGGUGGCCAUCACGGCGGUGGUUUUUGAGUCAUACAAGAUGAUGAAACCGAGGUACUUUCAAAUAUUAUCAAGAUCACAAAUCUGUGAUUUGUGUAAAAAUAUAUAUGGCAAAAAGUGUUUUGUAAUCUGUAUUAUAUUUAAUUAAAUAAUUUUUUUUUUUGAACAAAAUGUCAUGGUGAGAUUCGAAGGAGCCUGCACCUUUAAGGUAGUCUAAAGUACCAGGUGUUGAUUAAAUAAUAUUAAUUAUU